AUGUUGGACAACCCCUUUCACCAGGAGUGCAAGGUAAAGCUAGGUUUGAAUAAACUUAGAAGUCUAGCAACAUCACAUGCAUCACAAAUUAAACAGAUGCAAGACCACAACACAAAAGAAAGUGAACCUCAAAUUUGUCUAGACAAUGCUCUCAUACAUCAUCUACGAGACUACGAUAUACGUUACAUGUCACUUGAUAAAGUUUCAGAGUGA